AUGGCCGGUAGUGGCCACAAUCAUCAACAAAUAAAAUACUCAUAUUUUCAUUAUAAUAAUUCACCUGUACUCAUCAAUAAAACACCAUCUGUAUGCACUUCGACACACCUAGAUCAAUCGAUGAUGAAUUCGUCGACAUCUCCUUGGUAUCAUCCAUCAGCUAUCAGCGGUGAGAACGACGAUUCAAAAUCUUGUGAUGGACCAAAUGCACCUCCUGUACCAUUAGCAACAAUGAAUAAACCACCAUCAUCAUUAUCAUUAAAUACUGAUUGUACAAAUACAAAUCAACAACCAUAUGAAAAUUAUGGACAUUUUUUUGUUAAAAAAACCUUUCAUAAACCAACAUAUUGUCAUCAUUGUGUCGAAAUGUUAUGGGGUCUCAUUGGACAAGGAUAUUAUUGCGAAGUAUGCAAUUUUAUUUGUCAUGAUCGUUGUCGAAAAUAUGUCAUAUCGCCAUGCUCAAGCAUUGCACCUAUACUUAUAAAAAAUCCCGUGUGUCAUAUAUGGUCGGAUAUAUCCCGGUUUAAACGUAAAUUUUGCAAUAUAUGUCGAAAACGACUUGAAGAUUUUUCCGCCGUACGAUGUGAAGUGUGCGAAUAUUAUGCACAUGAAGAUUGCAAAGAUUUUGCUGUUAAUGAUUGUCGUGAAACAGCUACCUAUGUACCAACAAAAGAUAAUUCAAUAACAUCUGUACGACAUUAUCAUCAUUGGCGUGAAGGAAAUUUACCAACAAAUUCUAAAUGUGCCGUAUGUCGAAAAACAUGUUGGUCAAGUGAAUGUCUUGCUGGUAUGCGUUGCGAAUGGUGUGGAAUAACAACACACAGUACUUGUCGUUCACGUGUACCAGAAGAAUGUGGUUUUGGUACAUUAAGAGAUAUAAUAAUCCCACCCUCUGCUAUAUCAAUUCCACGUAUAGCUGAUCUCAAUAAAGAUCUUAUAUUAGGCAUUGGAAAUAAUAUGUCAAAACCAAUACAAACAGCAUCAAAUAAUAAUUCUAUUCAACAACCAUCUGAUUAUGUUAUUGUUAGUCCAUCAAAUAUACAUGGUUCAAAAAGUCCUGGAACAUUUAUGAGAACAUCAUCAACAGAAAAUCCAUCAGGUGGUGAUCCAGACACAGGUCCUAUAUUUACUGGAAAAGAUCCUCAAAGUCGAAGUGGUCUAGACAUGCAUGAAGGUACAAGUGCACAGAUAGAAAAUGUACCACCAACAACUACAAAGCUCAAAUCAUCUAAACCAGCAAAUAAAGGACAACAAGAUGAAGAAGAAGAACGAGAAAUGAUCAAAGUUUAUGAUGGUAAUGCAACAUAUCGUAAUGGCACUCCCCGUUCAAUUUCCGUUCCCAAACAAGCGAGUUAUACUCAAAUUCUGGAGGCCGCACUCCGUACAUUCCAUAUCAAUGAUGAUUGUACAAAAUAUUGCAUCACUGUACCUACUGAUGAUGGUGGUAACGAUCAACCACUUGAUGAAACGAUGCCAUUAAAAUCUCUUAAACAAUUAAGCGGUCGUACACUUAAUAUUUAUAUUCGAUAUAAAGAACGUGGUGAUAUGGAUAUCGAUUAUAUUCGAGUUUAUCCUGGAAUUCUAAAAACACAUGAUGGUUUUAAAUCCAUUAGAAUAACAUCAGCAAAUACAACGUUAGAAGUUAUUGCUAAAGCUUUAACUGAUUUUGGUUUAAAUAAUGUUAGUGCCGAAAAAUAUUCGCUGGUCGAAGUUUUACUUAUAUCAAAUGUUAAUUAUACCGAUCGAAUAUUAGAGCCCAAUGAAUAUCCUUUACAUGUUCUACGAACACAGAGAAAAGAAUCUGUUCGUAGUCAUCGUGUAACACGAUUUUAUUUACAACAUAAAGAAGAUCCUCAUGGACCCUCUGUGUCUUUAUUUGUCGGCAAUUUACCUCCAGGUCCACGUACGGAAAAACAAUAUGAAAAAAUUCUUUUUCAAGAUAUAUUUAAAUCUGAUAAAGAUUUAAAAUGGGAUAAUAUGGAUGUUAUUUAUUAUGAACAUGGAGCAAUGGUUUUAGUAUAUAAUGAUAGUGAUCGUGCAACACGUGCAUUUACAAAAUUACGACAAGCAAAACAUGAUCAAAAACAAUUAUUAGUAUUAAUGUUACCAAAUAUUCAACCAGAAUUUAUUCCAUCACAUGUUACUCCAUUACUUGUAUUUGUUAAUGUUAAAUCAGGUGGACAACAAGGAGCUGAAUUAAUAACAAAUUUUCGUCAUUUACUUAAUCCACAUCAAGUAUUUGAUUUACAAAAUGGUGGACCAUUACCUGGUCUAUAUGUUUUUCGAAAUAUUCCACAUUAUCGUAUAUUAGCAUGUGGAGGUGAUGGAACAGUUGGUUGGGUACUUAGUUGUUUAGAUAAUGUUGGUCAAGAUGCAUUAUGUCAAUCGCCACCUGUUGGCAUUGUACCACUUGGUACUGGAAAUGAUUUAGCACGUGUUUUACGUUGGGGUUCUGGUUAUGCAGGUGGUGAAGAACCUUUAGCAUUGCUCAGGGAUAUUGUUGAUGCCGAAGAAAUUAAAUUAGAUCGUUGGACUGUUGUUUUUCAUCAAGAUCAAGAUAAACGUGCACCAGCAGUAUCAGAUUCAAAUCCUGCAAAACCAACAACAACAAAACCACCACAAACUCACAAAGUACCCAAGAAACCAAUACUUAAUCCAGCACCACCACCAUCAGUUUCAUUACCGAUUGCUAUACAAGAAGGUACAACAAAUGAAGAUAAAACAGAAAUGUUUGUUAUGAAUAAUUAUUUUGGUCUUGGUCUCGAUGCUGAUAUAUGUCUGGAUUUUCAUAUGGCAAGAGAAGAAAAUCCAAAUAAAUUUAAUAGCCGAAUACAAGCGAAAGGUUAUUAUCUUAAAACUGGUAUAAGAAAAAUGAUGAAAAAAGGUGGUUUAAAAGAUUUCACACGAGAUAUUGUACUUGAAGUUGAUGGAAGACGUGUGGAAUUACCACAACUUGAAGGAAUUGUUAUUAUGAAUAUUCUUAGUUGGGCAAGUGGAGCUAAUUUAUGGGGACAUGAAAAAGAUGAGAAAUUUAGUAAACCAACACAUUAUGAUGGUAUGUUAGAAGUUGUUGGUGUUACUGGUAUUGUACAUCUCGGACAAAUACAAUCAGGUAUACGGUCUGGUGUUCGACUUGCUCAAGGUGGACAUAUUCAUAUACGUAUGAAUAAUGAUUAUCCAGUUCCAGUGCAAGUUGAUGGUGAACCAUGGCUUCAACCUCCCUGUGACAUAACUAUCAUACGAUCAGCACUUAAAGCAACAAUGCUUCGUAAACGUAAAUCUAAAAUCAAACGUCGAAAUACAGAACCAAGUGUUUAUUUUCCUGAUGUAGAUGAUGACUCAAAAUGUUGA